AUGACUGAUUCUUUUGUUACACUGCAAACGUCAUCCAGCACCGUUCAAGGGAUCCAGGAUGAGCGGUUUGAGCGGCACGUCUGGCAUUUUCGGGGCAUCCCAUACGGCCGCAUUCCGGAGAGAUUCCACAAACCGGCAUAUGAUGCGCUCCCAAGGGAACUAGAUGCGACAAAAUUUGGUCCGCAAUGCCCUCAGCCAAAGGUUGACGUUGGCCAUCUCCUUCGUCUGCCGCGAAACCUGGAGAGUCCAACCAUUGAAGAAGACGAAUUCAAUUGUUUGAACUUGAACAUCUCUCGUCCAACAAGCGCAGACAUAAAAGACAAAGGACUACUGCCGGUGCUCGUAUGGAUUCAUGCUCCAGGCGGCUCUCAAUGUGUGACAUUUGCGUCAGCUGCGAGUCCAGUUUGUGAUCCCACGAGGUUUGUGGCCGAAUCAGUCGACAGCGACAGGCCCAUCAUCAUUGUCACAUUCAACUACCGCCUCAACAUCUUUGCCUUUGGCGAUGGCGAAGGAGAGAGGAAUCUCGCCCUCCAAGACCAGAGACUGGCUCUCCAAUGGGUAUCGGAUAACAUCCGAGACUUUGGCGGUGAUCCGGGGAAAAUCACACUUGCCGGUGAAAGUGCAGGUGCUGUAUAUGUGCACGCCCAUGUCCUAUCCAAGACGGCCCCGAAAUGUGUCUCCCAGGCCAUAUUGGCAUCAGGCUCUCUCCAUCUGUCGCCUCCCCAACCACUGGAAGUUGGCCAGGGUCUUUUGAAACGGAUAACGACUGAGCUGCAAGCCAGAGGGGAAACACUACACAACAGCAGCGCGGAUUCGUUAGUCCAGGCGUUGAUCAAUUGCGGAGUGACCUCUAUGUGGCUCCAGGAAGACCCCGACAUCGAUGGUUGGGAGAAUAGAACGGAAGAGAUCGAUGGAAUUAUGGUAUCCGAUGUGGAAUAUGAGUCAGCUAUAUGGCGGAGCGGUGUUGACCUUUUAAAGCCAGAGGAGAUUCUUGAAAUCAUCCGCUCCUGCUCACAAGACGCCCCGAAGCUUGAAGAGCUUUAUCAUAUCUAUUCUGAACGGCCUGUUUCCUCUAGACUCGGAGUUCUCGACAUUAUCAACGACACAAGAUUCGCCCUUCCCGCAUUAGAGAUUAGUGAGAGAUGGCGCAAGAUUAACAAAAAGGUUUACCAGUACAUAGUGGACGAAGCCAACCCAUGGCAAGCAUCUAGUCGCGCUCAUCACGCUGUGGAUCUCAUCUUCUUAUUCGGCGGAGUGGACCUCUCCUUCAACCCUGGUGCUGACAGAGUUGGAAAGGAGAUGCGUCAAGCGUGGAUGACAUUCAUGUAUGGGGGUAGUCCAUGGCCAGAAUCAUCAAUCCAGGGUUAUGGCCCAUACGGAAAUGUGGAGGAACUUGAUAUGCAAAAGUACAAGGCAAGGCGGAGAGUUCAUUGUUUUGACCACUUGCAGACCAUGGGGGCUGCACAAUGUCGGCUGCUGAGUGGUAGACUUGGGGCUGGCAGAGUCAGCUUGCUAAAUUGA